AUGAAAUCAGUCAAGCAUUUUUUUUCAACAAUUGCUCGGAAAAUGAAUAGUGACGAAGAGAAGGAAGAUCUUUUGAAACCAUUCCGGAAGAUCAAAAAAGAAGACCGAAGAGCACAACCCAGCACGAAACACGGAAAAAUAAGAGGAAAGGACGGGAAUGCACAGGAGAAGGAAAUAAAGCGGAAGGACGCUAAACCAAAAGCGCCGCUGGAGGUUCAAUCAGCGUAUGCUUUUCAUAGAGAAUCUGCACAUCAAGCUGCCUUGGUCUGCCCAACUACCAAUGAGAAUAAGCCAGUCGUAAAAAGCGUUGCGGGAGAGGACUCGUCAGUCGGUCUGUCAUCCAGGAGUUUACGACGGCUUCGGGAUGCAAGUGAGCGGGCUGUUCGAAAAGUGAAGACGUUCGUGAGCAGACCUAUCAAAGAUGCAACUCUGAAACUAUUUGUACGCAAAGUGGAGGCAAAAAAGGAAGCUGAGCAGUCUGGAAAAAUCCAUGAACGUGAGAUGAAGAGUGGGAGCGAUACAUUUCCAAGACAAAGGCUACGAAAAUCAAGGGAUUUGACCACGGGAGCAACUAAUCUGAAAACAACUGCCGAAAAGAAUUCAUCCAAGAGCACGUGGAUAGUUCCCACAAUGAGCAAAAAUGAGUAUCUUCCGAGUGGAAACAAGCUUGUUUAUGACAAUAAUAACAACGAUGGAGAUUUGAUGAUAAACGGCGAGCCAUUCUGGACGCAGCAGAAGAAACCUACAGAUGCAGACUUGGAGGAAAGUGGCACGGAAGAGGACAUCCAGUUAAAUGCUGAAGUCGCUCUAGACGUGUACGAAGGGAAAACAAAGCUAGUGAACAUGCCAGCAAUACCGAUUAUUUUGGAUCCAAUGAAUGAAUUGUCCGAAUUGAAACGGAGAGAUCAGUUGUUCUUCACGAAGGAUGUUCUUUUUGGGAAUUCUAUUCGUAGCAUGAUCAAUCUUUGCGACUGUUCUGCAAAACCUACGAAAUUAUUAAGAAGAAGAGAUCAGAACGAAAUAACGUUCACGGAGCCUGAAAAAACAUACGGUUAUCAUAAAGGUUGUCUGUCGGAAAUAGAAGAGUUACCAGCUAAGCCGAUUCCUAAGGAGACAUCUCGAAGAAGUUCUCGUUUUUUCCGAAAGAAAAGAUUUCUAACACACGAUGUAGGAAAGGAGGAGAUCGCUGCAGUUGGCGCUGAUUCUGGUAGAAUGGGUAGCAAAUCAGAAAGAAGAGCCAGGUUCCUUAUGUUGAAGAAUCGGUAUCAUGAAGAACUUGAGGAAACGUGUGAGGAAGAGAAAACCUAA